UUGGUUAUAGAUCAUAAUGGAAAACAUUCUGAGCUCGAAAUGGCACGUAUCCUCGUUUGUUGCCUGCUGGUUGGCUUACUGAUUUGGACAGAUGACAUCCAAGCUCUAAAAACCAAUCUCACGAUUGACUGGGCAAAGUUGGCCAAGAUACUACGGCGUCCUGCUCUCCAGACCCGUGUUAUUGGUGGUCAUGUGACCACUAUUGAAAAGUUGGGCGGUUACCUUGUGGCAAUGCGAUAUUAUAACAAUUUCAUCUGCGGUGGCACUUUGAUACGGGAUGUCAUUGUCCUGACGGCGGCCCACUGCUUCGAGAAUCGAAAUAUUAAGGAAGGCUGGACCGUGGAUGGUGGCAUCUCGAGGCUCACCGAUCGCGGAGUUCGCCGAGGGAUGAAGGAUAUUAUCAAGUCCGCCGAGUUCCGGAUGUCUACGAUGAACAUGGAUGUGGCCGUGGUGCUGCUGAACAGACCCAUGGUGGGGAGAAACAUCGGCACGCUAGCGUUGUGCUCGACGCCCUUGACUACUGGGAAAAAGCUGGUCGUUUCUGGAUGGGGAAUGACCCAUCCGGAUAACAAUGGUCCGGAUCAGCUGCUGCGAACUGUCACGGUGCCCGUGGUCGAAAAGAGGUUCUGCCGGGAUGUGUAUCGGCUUUCAGCUGCUAUAACGGACAGCAUGUUCUGCGCGGCAGUUAUGGGAAAAAAGGAUGCCUGCACCUACGACUCCGGAGGUCCUUUGGUUUACGACAGACAGGUCUGCGGUAUCGUGUCGUUCGGAAUCGGAUGUGCCAGCAGACGAUAUCCUGGCGUCUAUACGGAUGUCCAUUACGUGAAGCCCUUCAUCGAAAAAGGUAUUAAAUCGUUAUUAUCGCGAAAGAGCGGUCGCACCAAAAUAAAGGCCCCUAAAUAAACA